CAUGUAAUAAUAGAAUGUAAUUUAAGAUGGACAAUCUGUUGACGAAAACAUUUUAAAACUCUAUCAAUUAUUAGAAUUUAAAGGAAAAGGUGCUUAUGGAGUUAUUUGGAAAGCAAUGGAUCGAUAGACUAAGAAAAUUGUUGCUUUGAAAAAGGUUAUUAAAAAUAGGUAUCAUGAAGGUUUUUGAUGCUUUUUCAAAUGAUACUGACGCAUAGAGAACAUAUCGAGAAGUUAUUUAUCUAUAAUAAUUGACGUAGCAUGAGAACAUAGUUAAAUUGCUACACAUUCACAGAGCAAUUAAUAUGAAAGACCUAUAUAUGACAUUUGAAUAUGUAGAAUCAGAUCUUCAUAAAGUAUAAAUAAGACUUAUGUUAGGUUAUAAGAGCAAACUUACUAGAAGGAUAACAUGUAAUAUACAUCCUAUACUAAAUAUUGAAAUGCCUUAAAUAUAUUCAUUCAGGAGGUUUAAUUCAUAGAGAUUUGAAGCCAUCAAAUAUAUUAAUAGAUUCUGAAUGUAAAAUUAAAUUAGCUGAUUUUGGAUUGGCAAGAUUGGCAACUGAUAUAGAUGAAUUUACAGUAAUGACAGAUUAUGUUGCUACAAGGUGGUAUCGUUCUCCAGAGAUACUUUUAGGAUCUCCUAUUUAUAAUAAUUCUGUUGAUAUGUGGAGUGUAGGUUGUAUAUUAGGAGAAAUGGUUCUAUGUAAAUCUAUCUUUACUGGUUAAUCAACCUUAAAUCAAUUAGAAAAAAUUGUAGAGGUUCUUGGUAAGCCAUCAUAAGAGGAUUUAAUAUAGAUAAAUGCUCCAAUAGCUGAUAAAAUAUUUAGAGAAAUAUAGAUGCCUAGAAGAAAGUCAUUAUUUACUUAUAUAAAAUCUUCAGAUACAAUAAUUGAUUUUAUUAGUAAAUGUUUAACUUGGAAUCCAAAUAAAAGAAUGACAGUUGAUUAAGCACUUUAACAUCCAUUAUUAAAUGAUUUUAGAGGUACUGAAAGAGAGAAUAAUUAUCCAUCUAAAAUUACAAUAGAAUUAUCUGAAAAUAUUAAAUUAGAUAAAAAGAAAUAUAGAGAAAUCUUAUAUAAAAUGGAUGUAAAUUAUUAAAAAUAGCAAUAUAUUAAAUAAUUAAGUAAUGAAGAAUAAAUUCCAUCAUCUAAUAAAAAUAAAAAACUCUCUAAUUAGAUUUAAUAAACUUAUCAAAAAUAUAUAAAUAAUGGAAUUGAUACUAAAUAUUAAAGAGUCUCGAAGUCUUCAUCUAAAUAAAAUCAAUUACAUUAAAAUUAUUAAUCUUAAAUGGAUAUUUAAAGUUAAAUACUUUUAACAUAAUCUAUUUAAUAAUAAAAUCAAUAAAUCAUGAAAUAAAAGAUGUUAUAAAAUAGAAUUAAGACACUACCUGAAAAUUAUGUUGAUGUAUUGAUUCCAACUGAACCAAAAAGUCCAAAUAGAGAACGUUAUUUCUCUUAAAAUAAAAUUACAGCUCAACCUUAAAUUCCUCAAUCAUCCACUCCUAUCAGAAGUAAAUCAAUGAAAAAUAGAUUAUAUAAUGAAUCUGCUGAUAAUUGUGUUUAAAUAAAAGAAAAUGAAUCUAAGAAAAAAUUACUUACUGCAUAUUUAAGUCAAAAACCAAAAAGACCUAUUCUCUAUAAUUUUAAAAAGACAAUCAUUCGUAAUAAACUCAACAUGGAUCAAUACCUCAUUAAAAAACAUCAUGGCCAAUUAAAUAAUAUGGAUACUUCAAGUAUGGUCUCAAUAGCUAAAUGA